UGCUUCUGUAGUGCGUUUUUUGUUGCUGCGUGCUUCUAUGUUAGAAUUGGGAUACUUGAUUGGGUUUUUGUUAACCUUAACUACUCGAGGACAGACGCUGAGUCUGAUUAGCAUAAUUGCGAUAGCGUACAAUCCAUCACCAAGAACAUUGUUUUCCACCUAGCAACAAGCAUGUCACUGAUAGUUUUCUACGUGCUCAGCACUGCUACAACGACGCUGGUCGUUCUGGCAGCGGCGCAGGAGGGCCGGGAGCACCGUCCCAGGGACGAAGGAACGAAAUCGAAUGUGGUCCUCCACAGCGUCGGAGAUGCUAGUGCGCGUCGCGGCCUACGCGGAACAAGGAACGACUACACGAUGAAGCGGGCCGCGGCGCAUCAAAAGCAGCUGACCUCGAAAGGAAACAAGAACCGCAGAAGCAAAAGUGGUAGCUCAUUCUCCUUAUCCACCUUUCUAGCGAAAGAGCGUCAGCGGAGAAAUAAAAAGGAAAAGUGCAACUUCGACGAACAGGCGCAGGAGGUUCCUCGGAGGUUGCCGAAAAGAACAACGGGCGCAGGAGGUUCCUCGGAGGGCCGCGGUAAGAGUAGUGGUGGUGGGGCAACAGCAGACCUGCUUUCAUCUUCCUCUAGUAAAAAUAACCGUGGGGAUGCUCUUGCUCUUGAAGGUGCAGCUGUUGUGCGGAGUGGGCUCGAGCAAGACCGCGCACUGAAACCCGGGCCUGUUCCGCUGCCCCCGGGCGGUGGGGAGGAGACGAAAGUUUUUACUGAUAGCCGUCAACCAGAACCAACGAGCGCGAAAAAACGAGCCUUCACUGUCGACCACGUUUUCGAACAUCCCUACGGACUCCACAACUGGGGCAUCAUCUUUCCCGAGGACACGGAGAGUAGAGAAAACUCGUUCGCUGCUACUAGUAGAAGUGCCAGCACCUCUUCGGACACUAAGCUUGACGUGAUGAUUCGCGCUCCCCGACGGGACUUUUACAAGUGCGGAAAAUCGAACGACGCCGUGCCGAACUACCGUGCGUUUUUCUGGGACAACAGGAACAUCAUGAAUACAGCGCCAAGAAGUCCAAGUAGUGUUGAAGAAGAAGAGAUGAAAAGAAAGCCGCCAAACAAGAUCACCAUCAAUACCUGUGCGCAGAAGUGCUUGGAGCUGGGCCCGGGUUGCGAGGCAGUCACGCUGAUCGCGCAGGACAGAGGAUUCUACUUUGACAACGGCGAAGCUGCAACUACACCGAAAACAAUGCCCGCAGGGAAUAUCAACGACUACGAAUUCGAUAACGCGUUUUGCAUGGGCUGCACGAAAUUUGUGGACAACAGCCCCUUCGCAGACGGCAUCGCCGACAAUCUGAACGGCAUUUGGCUCCCCUUUGCCGUCAGGGAGAACGGGUUCGCGAAAACCUUUCAGAAGGUGCAGCUGGAGCUUGGUCCUGGAGUGAUGGAGGAGUACCGCAACGCAGUGACGGGGCGUAUACAUUGCAAAAUUAUCGUACUCUCGUGCGGAAUUAUCGCAGUCAUGCAUUACAAAUUUCUUAUGCUUAUCCUUUCUUGAGGUAAAUCCGGAUUACAAAUUUCACUUCUCAUGCUGAGGAACUUUGUGAUGCGAUUUAUAUUACGAUAGUACGAUACUUUUGCCAUGCAUAAAGCGACAAUUAUCGCAAUUGUACAACGCACUCGCGGGAAACGUGUCCCUUCCUUACAGUGCGGACAAUUUUCGAAUCACCACACCCCGUGCGGUGGUGGAUAGAAAUGCAAGAUACCAAUCGUCCAGCGCUUCAACACCAACCUCGUCGACGCAGAAGCGGGAUUGCGGGAACAAGCGCGUGGACCAGGAGUGGGUCGUGCACUACAUGCCCUACGGGUCCUGUGUAACUCUGCGGUGGUAUAUGAGAGUGCACAACUACUCCCACUCCCCCUCAUUUGUAUGGCAUCAGCAGCAUUACAAACACCAGUACAGGUAGCCCCUGUGCGUGACAAGUUCUUCAUGCGCCGAGUGUAGUACCGUUUGGAUUUCCGGAAUUUGUCAUGCACGCGGUGCCACAAGGUAGCUUGCCAACUGGAUUCGGGUUUUUGCAUGACAAAUGAGGGGGAGCAGGGGGGGUUGUGCACUGUCAUAUGGUACGACCUAAAGGUCUUGGCCAUCUGCGGGGACGAGGAGGAAAAACGAACUGCGGAGCUGGUGUCUGAUGGUAACAACAUUAACCAGGUUGUUCUGCAAACCUACGCCUGCAACCGCGCCGCCGCGUUUGCCACGUCCGAGAAGGAUUACGGCUGCUAUGACCUGCAGCGGGCGAACGUGACGCGGCACUAUAUGGAAUUGCAGCUGGCGGCGAUGUACGACACGUGCCUGGAUGGAAUUUGGAUUGACUACAACCGCCGCCGUGCCGACGACGUAGUGGACAUGGUGGUGUCCAUUCUGGAGACCAUGUGGCACCGCGACGGGAAAAUGCUCAAGUUCGCGGUCCUGCCCGACGGCAACACGCACGACGCGGCAAAGGACAUCCGAGAAAUCACCAAGUGGGACUCGUCCCUAAACCUGCGCUGGGUCAACCACGAGCUGUACCACACCUGGACCACGGGCGGGAAUAAGAGAAACCCUCUAAUCCCCACCUUCCGCGAGAACCUCCCGAUUGCCAGUGCGGUUUCGAAUGGUUUGUACUAUAAGGUAGCUUGGAACCACUUCAACCCGAGGGUGCAACGGGAAUCCUGGGGCGCGGUGGCGAACCUCGCCGGGGCGUUUCCCUGGCCCUGCGGCGCUUAUGGAAACGAUUUGACGUGGCUGCAGAAGUUUUACCAGGCUUGCCAAAACACGAAUGGGCAAGAAAUUGACAGCAAAACCGGCCGGAAGAAAAUUCCCUGCGUUGGAUUGGUGUAUCCCCAGUUCUGCGACUGCUACCAAACCCUGCACUUCUGCUGCCACGCGGAGUGUAUGCAUUGCAAAAGCAUCGUACUCGUGGUACAAAUGCAUUACAAAUUUCCUCAGCAUAAGAAAUAAAAUUUGUACUGCGGAUUUAGCCUGAGAACAAGAUUUGCAAUGCAUGUUUGCCGAUUAAUACUAAGAGUACGAUACUUUUGCACAGGAUAUAGUGUAAGCUCGCGGGCGUCGCCGGCGAGUACCCCUGUCUGUCUUUCACGAACCAGCUGGCCCAGCACGACAGCCGGUGGCACGCCGACAUCGUGCAAGUGGUCACGUGGAACGACUACGGCGAGGGAACGCAAAUCGAGCCGGCAACCCUGCGGUCGAAGGACGCGGACACGCGAAAAGUUUACUACGACAGGGCGGCGAAGAAGUGGAAGUGGAAGCGGGUGUUUCCCUGGAUGAGUGUCACGUAUAAGAACUACAAAAACACGAAGUACCAGAAGUGGCGGCCGUUCGCGGAGAAAAGGGAGAAGACCGGCGGCAGCGUCGGGUUUCUCGUGCAGCUGCGCGACAUGAUUAGCCGGAAAUUUCCGAAGGAUGACGAAGCGAAAAAAACGUACAGGUGAAAAUAGAAAAAAACGAGCAUCUUGUUCUGUGCGCAAAGCUCUAUCCGCGUGCGUCAUUAUUCGAUGUACGAUUCGAUGAAGAUUUGGAUUUCAUGUUUGUUUUUAAACAACAACAUUUGGCUCUACUACGUUUCAUCUUGGGGAGGCAUUCGCAUCUCUACUCGAAUUGGAAUUACUGAUUCGCGAAACAAUAUCAGUACAAAGUAGAUAGAACAUGCAGCAACUCGCACAGGUGUUUGUGUUAUUCCUCUGGUACUCGCCCUGAC